AUGUCAGCAGAUUCAACCUUGCCAAAGCGCAGAGUAUUGGUGGUGGGAGCAGGCGGCGUCGGCACAAUGGUAUGUGUCGCGCUCGAAAGAUCUGGAAUGGCCUCAGUGACAGCCGUCCUGCGAUCGAACUACGAGCAAGUCCUGAAACAUGGAUUUGAGAUUGAUUCAAUCGAUCACGGCAAACUCUCCGGCUGGAGACCAAGCUCAGUUGUCAACGCGGUCCCGCUCGCGGAUCAAGAAAACCCGUUUGACUAUGUCAUUGUCACAAUGAAGAAUAUCCCAGAAGUGAACAACGUGCCCAAGAUCAUAGCACCAGCGGUCACACCAGACCACACGACCAUCGUGCUGUUCCAAAAUGGGCUCUAUAUUGAACCGCAAUACACUGAAGCAUUCCCGACAAAUGUUGUGCUAUCCGCACCAAGUUAUAUCGGUGCACACGAGCUCAAUGGAAGCGUUGUCCAUGAUGACCAUGAUAACUUCCACAUCGGCGCAUUCCACAAUAAAGCCUUGAACGAGGCAACAGAAAAAGCCAAACUUGAAGAAUUCGCAACCAUCUAUAAUGGCAGCAAAGUCGUCGAUGCAGAUAUGGUGGACGAUAUCGUCUUCUAUCGCUGGCGCAAAGUGCUAUGGAAUGGAAUCUUCAAUCCAAUGUGUGCCAUCACACAACUGGACAGCGCGGCGAUCAGGCGGUUCGGGGGUGAGCACAGUCUAAUCAGACCUGGUAUGGCGGAGAUGGCAGCUAUUGCCAAGGCUGAUGGCUAUGAUCUCGGAGACGGGAUCGUGGAUGAAAUGGUUGACGCCACUCCUCUUGAAUUGUCUUUCCGUCCUAGCAUGUUGGUGGACGUUGACAAGGGGAAUCCUAUGGAAGUGGAGGUUAUUCUUGGGAACGCCUUGCGGGUUGCUAGAGAGAAGGGGGUUCAGACGCCGAUUUUGGACAAUACCUAUCGGUUCUUGAAGCUCACACAGGCGCGACUAUUGGCUGCGAGAGGACUGAUUGUUGAGCCGAAGGAACUCCCAACAGCGGAUUUGAUAUAG